GAGUUUCAAUUCCAAUUCCUUGUCUGCAAAGGUUACUUCUCGCGUAUAAAAGGAGUCACGGCUCAGGAAACAAAUCAGUCUUAAACGAGUUCCUCUCCAGCAAAUAACAAAUUAAUUCGGAAACUUCCUCGCCUUCAUUUAGAAAAAUGAACCGAUUUAUCAUUUUGGCCACCCUUGUCGCCGCUGUGGCGGCUGAGGCUCCAGUUUCUGGAGGAUAUGGCGGAGCUGUUUCCGCUGGAAGCAACUUUGCCAACUCUGGUGGGUUCUCUUCCUUCGGGGGAAGCAGCUCAGGCGGUUCUGGAAUCAAUGAGUACGUAGAUGAAGCUCUCCUUGCCCGCGUUGCUGCCGUCAUUGCCUCAAAUGGAGACGGAACUGCAUCCGGUCAAGACAACGAAGGAUCACAAUAUGUUGACCAGACCAUUCUUCAACGUGUGGCAUCGAGCUUGGGUUCCGAUCAAGGUUCCUCCUCUCGUGGAUUGUCCUCUGGAUAUGGUGCCCCAGCUGCCCCAUCCGGCGGCUCAUCCAGCCUUGGUCAACCUGAACCUGCUCAACGAAUCGCAGAAUGGGACCUUUCUGAGCAACGCCAAGCUUCCUCCGGCUCCUCUGACGGGGGUUACAGCAGCGGUGGCUCAUCCGCCCCAUCUCGAAGCUUCUCUUCCGGUUCAUCUUCCGGUGGCAGUUCCUUCGGACGACCUGAACCAGCCCAGAAAAUCGCAGAAUUCGAUGCCUCCCAAACUAGUGGAAACACUGGAUUCUCUGGAUCAUCUUCCCGAGGAUCAUCUUCCGGUGGAUACAACUAAAUAAAAUGAGCUUAACGUGACCACCUAAUACUCUACAUAUGCAACAACAACCAUCUUCAACAACGAAUUAAUUAUGAGAACCUCUAUGGUUCGAAACUAUUGUCAAACUAAAUUGUAAAGUUAUUAACUCUUGGCUUAUUUAAAUUGCAAAUUGUUUUAUACAUGUUAUGAAGCUGUAAAACCAAAUAAAAGAAAUCACAACGAAAUCCAGGAAAA